ACGGGGGGUCGUGGGUUGAUUUGCUGGCAUCUGGAAUCGCAGAAAAUCGAAGGGAAACUGCAAAAAAGGAUCCGGAUUAGCAGCGUUUUAAUCGUGCGUGAAAAAGCAGCCUAAACGGGCGGAAAAGUGCGAAGUCCUGUGAAAACAACCAUUCCCGAGCGAGAUACAGCAAAGGCGAAACUUUUUUGUUUCAAGGUCGCACCGUGAUGUCUAGUCAAAUUCCUCCACUGGUUUGUCACACACCUCCACCGAUAGAUUUCGAUCUGGAGGAUGAGGAGGAGGAGGAGGAAGAGGACGACGAUGAUUACGCUCCGGACAUUCCCGACGAUGACGAUUUCGGGGAUUUCGCCACGGUUCCAGUGCAGGAGUCUCCACUCCCCACAGAGGUUGUGAUAGAGAGUAGAGAAAGGGAAGAAAAGACUGCGCCGCCUCCGCAUAACAGCGCAGCUACUCCAACGGCGGAAACCAUCACCAACCGUGCAGAGCAAACCCGGAACGACGACAACGACGAAGACGACGACGAGGAUAGGAUUCCGUCACUUGUGCUCUCGCCAAAUCGAACCCCGUGCAACGAGCAAGACGCAGAUGUGGAUAAUGGAGACGUGGAAGAUAUCGAUUUUCAGCCGUUUGCAAGCUCCACACAACAGCCCGAACCACCUCCGGAAGACUGCAUUAGUUUGCCCUCGCUGCACCUUGACACCGAGCUGUCGAAAUCGGACGACGACGAUAACGUUCCCGUGCCACUGCAGCUUUCCGCCUCCGGUUCGGCUAUUGAUACGGAGAUUGACUUGCCAGCGGAGGCCGCAGCCGCUGCCGCAGCAGAACGAACAACGCCCGUGAUACAUGAGGGUGCAGGUCGGUUCGAUGAUAACACGGAAAAUGAUUUUACCGACUUCACGACGGCCUCGAACGAACGAUCGUCGGCGGUGCUGGAGAUACCGACCGCGAAUGACGUUUCCUUCGAGCUGGACGACUUUGCCCAGCUAGAAUCGACACCUUCGGCGGACAGUAACUUCGUGUCGCAGCAAAGUCGCGGAGAUUUCGCAACUUUCGAUGCGGACUUUAGUAAAUUUGAUUCAUUCCAAGCAUCAUUCCCGGCAACGGGUGACGGUGGUGAGAGUUCGGUGCCACCGAAAACGACGCCAACGGUGGACGAAGGAGGAAAGCACGUAGCGAUCGGUGAUCAGGCAUCGACUAGUGGAAGGAAGCCCAUCGAUCCACUGCCAGAUGAUGAUUUUGAUGAUUUCCAAGAGUUUGCGGCGUUUGAAAGUGGUAAUCAUGCAACGGAAACAUUCCCGACCGCAAGCACCAGCAGUAACCGAGAGGUACAGCAGCAGCAACAGCAACAGCCAGCUCAGGCUAUGAAAUCAACCGCAGAGGCACAGGACAGUGUUACUCUUCAGCAAGACACACCUGGUCUCGAAGAGGAUGUCGAAGAUGAUGAUGAAUUUGGAGAGUUUAGUGAUUUCAAACAAAGCACAACCGUUUCGACUAAUGCGGUGGUGACAUCGGUGCCAGCAUUUUCCAUGGAAAGUGUGCACGCACUGCUCACGACAAUGUUUCCGAUCACUGCUAGUGAUACAGCUACCACCACCGAUACGGGUCAGCAGAGCUGGACCAACAUUCCCGAAAACAUGCUCCAUUCUCAGCUGCAAGACUUUGAUAACACGAAUGCCGUCUCGUAUCAGCAUAGUAAAUCAUCGAGCAGCAAAGCGCUAGUGACCGCACUUGGUAUCGAUUCACGAAAUAUCAUGUAUGGACCUAAAUGGAACAGCUCAAUGCCACGGUUUGCCGCAAAUCUAAGCUUUAAUCCACUUGAGCCGCUGAAGCCAAGUGCCGCGCUACCCAAAGAAACGAAUUCAAACGAAAAGUAUGGUGGUGCGGCUACGAACCCGAAACAUACUACAUCAGCUAGUUACGGUGCUGAACCUCUGCAACCCAGCGUUGCCGGCAGUUCGGUUCCAGCGGCACAAUUCGAUUGGAACAGCUCCGGGCUGGUGAAUCCAUUGGAAGCAUCACAUGCACACACAUUAUUAUUGGACCUAGAACAGCUAGAAGUGAUGGCAAGUCUGAAAGAUAAAAUAAAUGUUGAUUCCUCCUCCUCCUACCCCCCUGCACACCGGUUUGCGUCGUCAAACGUUGCCCCUACCGUACAACCGCGUUCGCCAACAACAUGUGCAACAACGGCUACGCUAACUGUUCCUACCACUUCUACUGCUACUACUACUACUACUACUUCACCUCUACUAUUGUUACCGCAACUUUCAUCAUCUCCACUUCCACCACUACCACCACCACCACCACCACUACAAAUGCUAUCAUCUUCUGUGGCACAACCUGUGUUGUUGCCUACAACAACGACAAAUAUGAAUACUUUCAAUCACCUUAACAACAACAAAAAUCAACCAUCACCACCACCCGCGUACAUCAACCACUUGUUGGAUGAUUCAACACCGACACCGUUGCUUUGCGUCGCCGAUGGCGGCAACGAUGAUCUGUUGUUGAUCGCUACAACACCGCCAACAUCACCGGCAACAACAACCAUGCUUCCUUCGAUGCACACUACUAACAAUACAACUACUACAACACCACCACCACCAUCCGUGGUUGCAUUGGCGGUCGACACAAUGGGCUCGAUAUACUCUUUGCGCGGUUCUGCGCGGACGACUACUGCACUGUUGGCCUACGAUGCCGAUGGGGACCACCGUCCUCCUGUUGCUGUUUCCGAUCGGCGGCAAUCGUUUGAUGAUUAUUUGGAUCUUAGUGUCCAGGAGAUGCUCCAAAAAGCAAGCCCUGGUCAGCCCACGGAUGGGGCAAAGGGCGAAGUUUUGGAUUCGAAAGUCGCAGAAAACGCAGGCCCGCCUGCUGCAGAUGACAUAGCAGUAACGAACCCAUCCGGAACCGGCUUCAACUCCUCGUCACCCGGGCCGUCCGCAAUGCUGGCACUUCCCCUGGACGGUGACGAUGAGGACGUUCGAUCGCUGGACUUCGCCAAUACAGCAGGCAGUAGUAGUGCUCAAUACACUGGCCCCAGCCUGUCGCAGGCGAUUCUCGAUCAUUUACCACAACAACAACAGCAGCAGCAGCAGCAACAGUAUCCCGCCAGCCAGCAGCAGCAACCAAUGUCAAUUCCUACAUCCACCUUUCACGGCAGUAGUAAUAGUAGCAGCAGCAGCGGUAGCAACAGCAACAGCUGCCCCACCAGUAGCAGCAGUGUGCCAGUGAUGCGAACGAUAAAGCUUCCCGAAACGCAUAUCUUCACACCGAGCCGCGGUGGUACCCCGGUGUCGCGGGACAUAACCGAUCGUGAUAUUGUCGUGCGAGAAUAUCACGACGUCGAGUACAGUUUGGAGAGUAGUAGGGGCAGCAGCAGGAAGGAGGCCGAAUUGGACGAGUUUAAUGAUUUCCAGUCGGCUGUCGGCAUGGGCCAUACACCGAUCGUACCAAUAGCGAGCGGCUACUCGAGACCAGUGAUUGGUCGAUCACCAACGGAAGAGAUGGAGCAUCAACGGCAGGAUAGCGCACCCAACCACCAACCGUCAAUCGAAGAUGCGAAUGGUGUGUCGGUAGAUAAUAGGGACGAUACGUUCGAAGAGGAUGAUGAGUUCACAGACUUUCAAGCGGCACCAACGAUACCGGUUCCAAUUCUACCGCCUACGACGCAUCCGAUAAAUAAGCCUGUAUCUAGUGUCCAGGCGAAUCGAUCCAACACCAGCUCGCCGGUAAUGCUGCUCAGUCCGGCUAUCCUUUUACCCCAGCAAACCGCAACGAACGAAGGCACGCGAGAGACACAAGGCCAGAAUGUGGCACAGAUUAACUGGCCUGAACCGGGAGUGGACCCGGAUGAGCUGGCACGGUUCGAAGCAGCAUUCGCUAAACCUGCAGCUGGCCCUCCUGCCGCUGUUGGAGCCGGCGCCGGUGCCUCCAACCAAAAACCCCAAGCAACCACAGCCCUCUCCAAAGUAAAGUCUGCCCAGGAGGAAGAUGAGUGGACGGAUUUUAUGUCCUCGAAACCUGUGACCGCUCGUAGCAUGCCCCCCACUGCAGCAGGAGCUGCUUCAUCAACUCAGGCCGCAUCAUCAGCAGCACAGGAAGAAUGGACUGAUUUCAUUUCAAGUACGCCUUCGGCUGGUACCGGAUCCUCCACAUCACAAGGAAGCCGCGUGUCGUCUAGUCACAACCACUUCAAUUAUUCCCGUCCAUCGGCGGCUAAGCCACCGAAUAGCUGGUCUCAACCGCAGCUACCACCACCGCAGUUUAACUCGUGGAAUAGUAACAGCCUGUACUACAAUCCAAUGUCUUCACUAUCGAUGCAAUCUCCGCAACACCCUAGGCCAUCACCAGCAGCCACACCAAGCUCACACUAUGCGGCGGGCCCACCGGUUAAUUUGCCGUACCAACAGCAAGCAGUAGCAGCAGUUCCCGGCAGCUAUCCGCAGCUAGCAUCGGUACAAUAUGGUAAUCCAGCUCAACAGCAAAUGACUCCCGUCGUUAAUCUGCUGCCCGAGCUAUCCUUCAUCACACCGCACGCAUCCAGUGCCGUUGGCGGGCGAAUCGGUGGCAACGGUGGUCCACCAAGUCAGCUCACCAAACCUGCUGCCGCCGCACACUCCUUUCUCAGUAACGUGAUAUCGAGCAAUAGUUUCGCGAAGAAAUGAUUAUUGUUUCAACACGGUUACGGCGCACGGCCCCCUGGUUUGGGCACGGUGCGUGGUGGCUGUGAGGUUGAAGCGGACGGGAGCGGUGGCCCGGUUGGACGCAUCCGAAGAGGCUUUCGACGAGGCACACCGAUCGAGGGUAGAGAUCCGAACUGCAGUGCCAAUGCAGCGGCCAUCACUGUUGGAGAUAUAGUAAUGUAAAUAAUAAUUAUGCUGGCAGAGGUGACGGGAUGUGGCUCCGAUGGUCGUUUGGCCAUGGUCUCUAGUAUUCGUUGUCGUUAUUCGAGCUCGUUAGCUAGUGUGAAUCUAUUUAUCGUCAAAAGCCAAACCAACCUGCCUGAAGCGCUCCUCUCCGCUAGCCGCCUGUAAUGUGAUGAAGGGAGUUCUCAAAAGAGAGCAAGUACACAGCAAAAGGAAAAGAUCCUGCGAAAGGAUGUCUUACUUAGCCAAAAAAUGGAGAGAAAACAUAAACGCAUGCUGUAGAGUUAUUACCUAUUUGUGACCUAAAGAAACGCUACGAUUCGACCUCCGCACAGCUUGCGAUUAGUGAAAUUGAAAAAGAAAAGAAACAUUUAACCAACGCCAGCAGGAAGGCGGCACCGGUACUUACCGCGGCAUCGGUACUUAUUAGUCAUUAGUUUCUGAAUGUUGACUUUUGUUUAGAACCAUUUUACUUUUAGGUCGUACGUUUUAUUUAUCGAUAUAUAUAUAUCUAUAUAAAUGUAUAUUAAACAUUGUUCAUUCGUCACCCUGGAUUAGGGCCGCAAGCAUCGUAAAGAAGAUGAUGUGUCUCAUCUGGUAUUUGUAUGCUGUAUGAAGCUAGAUAGCCACCCCGAGACGGCUUGAACUGUUUCUUACUUGUUAGGGCUCGUUCGGCGGUCACAAUCAAACUCUGGUGGCGCACUGGAAAGAGAGAACACCUUAAACGUAUUAUUCUUCUUGAUCUGGUUGUAACGGUGUGGCAUCGCACCAUCAGCCUACGCGCCUGGUGUGAGCAUGUGUGCCACAAAAGUGGCCACUAGGAGAAAAAGGAAUCGGAUAUUAGCAAAAUAGUAUGUGGGAAAACGAGAAUAAAUGAAAAUGGAACAUUUUGAAAUGGAAUUUGUUGGUUUACUUACGUUGGAUGCAUAUCGAAAUGGUGUGUUUUUCAUAUUAAGGCUUCAACUACCAACUGAAGCAUGCAAUAAACUAUCAGCUUUACUAGGAUUGC